AUGCCGAGCUCGGAUAUAAACUUUGAUAGCCUCCCAUCCUCCAUCAGUGAGUUCUUCAAACCUGAAGAGUUUGCCAAGAUCUCUGAAUAUGAGAAACAGCGCUUCAGUAACUUAAGGAAGAACUUUGAGGCUUUACGUCGUGCAGGUUUUCCAGCGACUCCCCCAGAGUUCAUGCUUAGAAACAAAUCACAGAAGAAAAGGCAGAAACUAGUAACUCCAGCAGUUCUAGAAUCUUCUGAGGGAUCUGACUCUGAGUGGACACCCGCCCACGAAAAGCCAAAGAUAUCACAAGUGAACCAAAGGAAAAGACUGUUUCAACCUCCAAAGAAGGCAUCUUUUAAAGAUAGCACAAAGGAGAAAGUUCCAGGACCGACAAAGCAGAAAAAACGGAGAAAGAAACAGGCAGACUCUGACAAUGAGGAAGUGGAAGUUCAUGUGUACCCAUUUAGAAAAAAGAGAAUGUCAAAUUUUAUGUCUCUUGCCACACCUGAAGAUGAUGAUUUUCUGU